GGCAGGAGGCUUGAUGUGUUCUGAUGGGUUUAUGCUGAAAAUAAGAGGCACUUUUCCUUGAAGCAUGCCGGCAGCGCAUCUUCUACAUCGGGCCCACGGAUGAGCAGGCAGCUGCCUGUGCUCCCGAGGGGAAGAAGGGGGUGCUGUGGGUGCCCAAGGCCAGAGGGCGGAAGGCACAGUUGGCUGCUGCUGCUCCUGCAGCCAUUGAGGCACUGAGCUAGUGUUGAUUUGACUUGUUGCCUGCUUCAUUGUGUAAUUGUGACCUUUCUCUCUCUUUCUCUGCCCCUCCCCUCCCUUCCCAGGUUCAGAUUUUGGUUGAGCGCUUGCCAGAAGUAUAUUGAAGAGAGCAGCGCAAGGAAGUGCCAUCCUGUAGCUCCAUGUCUGGCAGAUGCCACGUGAGGGAAGAUGCUGCUGCACUGACUGGGCAUUACCUGUGCCACCCAGAGGUGGGCGCCGCGGGCCAAGGGUGCAUAGAGAGCCUGGCCCAGCCAGGAGACCUCACUCUGUGGCAGUGCUGCAGAUGCGCUGCCCCCUCGUCAGCCCUGGGAAGCAGAGGGCCUCCUCAGAGGCGAGGUGCACCCAUGGGGAAGGGCAGCAGCUCUCCACGUCCCAGCUGGGGGCCUCAAGGAGGCGGCUUCUUAAGCCCAAGGAUGUCGGCAACGUGGCUCUGAUAGUGGCUGCUCUCCCUCCCUCUGCGCAAGACCCAGCAUCCAGAAGCUAGGAAGAAAAGGCAGAGGCCCCCAGUCGUCGUCAAACCCCCCCCCCCGAGUCACAGCAAUCUCCAAAAGAAAAGGGUCUUCUCUGGACAGAGACAUUUUCAAAACAAGUUUUAUAAGAACUCAAAAUGGCCAGGAGCCCCUGGGAGUUUUUCUUCUGCAGUUAAAGGUCUGAUUCCCGAAGGCAGAGGGUCUCAUGUGCUGGGUCCAUCUCUGGUCUGGCUGUGGGGCCUUCAUGAGACUGAAGGGAUAGUCCAGUCAAGUCCAACUCUUGGCCAGCCCUGCUCCCCCCUCCCCUUUUCCAUUGGCGGCAGCUGUGUGGAGGGGGCCUUCUCCUUGGAGCCCACCAUGAAGUUUUCCUUGCGCUUCUGGUUCCUCUCCACAGCAUUCCUGCUUGUCUUCAUCAUGUCACUGCUCUUCACCUAUUCGCACCACAGCAUGGCCUAUCUGGACCUCGGAGGGCUGAAUGGGCUCCACCGGGUGAAACUGGUGCCCAGUUACGCCGGCAUGCAGCGCCUGAGCAAGGAGGGGCUCUUGGUGAAGAGCUGUGCCUGCCACCGGUGUGCCAUGGAGUCCAGCGACACCGCCUGGUUUGACAGCCGCUUUGAUGGCAACAUCUCCCCGGUGUGGACCAAAGAGAACAUGGACUUACCUCUGGAGGUCCAGAGGUGGUGGAUGAUGUUGCAGCCCCAGUUCAAGUCCCACAGCCUUCACGAAGUGUUGGAGAAGCUCUUCCAGAUUGUUCCGGGAGAGGAUCCAUACAGGUGCCGGGAAUCCCCGUCCUGCCGGCGCUGUGCUGUCGUGGGCAACUCAGGGAACUUGCGAGGCUCCGGUUACGGCCAAGACAUCAAUAGACACGACUUCAUUAUGAGAAUGAACCAGGCACCUACAGUGGGCUUUGAGGCAGACGUUGGCAGCAGGACAACCCAUCAUUUCAUGUACCCUGAGAGUGCCAGGAACUUGCCUGCCAACGUCAGCUUUGUCCUGGUGCCCUUCAAAGCCUUGGACCUGCUGUGGAUCGCCAGCGCCCUCUCCACAGGCCAGAUCCGGUUCACUUACGCACCGGUGAAGCCAUUCCUCCGGGUGGACAAAGAGAGGGUUCAGAUCUACAAUCCAGCAUUCUUCAAAUACAUCCAUGACCGGUGGACGGAGCAUCAUGGCCGCUAUCCCUCCACAGGCAUGCUGGUGCUCUUUUUCGCCCUGCAUGUUUGCGAUGAGGUCAACGUCUUCGGGUUCGGGGCAGACGGCCAUGGCAACUGGCACCACUACUGGGAGAACAACCGCUACGCUGGAGAGUUCCGGAAGACUGGAGUGCACGAUGCAGACUUUGAGGCCCACAUUGUGGACAUCCUGGAAAAGGCUAACAAGAUCAGUGUUUAUCGUGGCCACUGAGGUUUCCAGCUGCUGCCGGGCAGCCUGGCUGUCAGUGGCUGGGUGAGGAGGGACGGUUCUUCUGCACCCGAUGCACCAUUUGGCGUCCUUUUUGAAGAGGAUGAAGAGGAAAUGAGGAGCUGAGGGAGGGAAGGACACCAAAGCCGCCGAGGAGGCUCCAGUGAAGCAGAUUCAGGCAGAGAGCAGCUCAACUCCUACUCCUCCCUGAGAACAAACCAAGGAGAUGCAGGAGCCUCUGUAGCCCCUGAGCCAGGGAAGGAGAGAAGAGCCACAGUGGUCAUUCAGGCUCCUCCUCCUCUUGCUUCUGCCCAAGCCUGACUCUGCGACUCCCUUUUGCCUCCACCAAGCCCCACGAGGGGCACAUCGGACUCUUUUUUUAAAAUUAAGCUUUUCUUCAGUACAUGAGAGCAGCUUCCUACCUUUGCCCCAGGAAGUGAUUUUUCUUUUUCUUUUCUAUACCAUUAGAUCCCAGGCUGGAUUGCAUUUUUGCCCCAGACACGUAAACUCAUGUAGAAACCUUGGAGGAGAAGCCAGGAGGAGCCUGCAGCUUUCCUGGAGAUGGUGAACAUUGACUCAGGGCCUGGUGUGCUUGCAACGAGGGUGGAUGCUCUUGUUCCCAGAGCAUCCCAGAAGUCCUGCCGAAGCUCUCAGAUUUUGCAGGCUGUGACUUGGACUCUUCAUUUCUGUCCUGCCCUCCAAUGUGGCAAGAUUUCACCCCUUGGCCUGGAGGUUCCUGGCCGCCCAGGCCUCCUUCCUCCCUCUCUCCGCUCGACAUAUUUCCAGUCCCAUGUUCUGUUCAUGGCAGGGAUGCAAGGAAGGGCUGCCCUUCAGAUCUUUGGGGCAGAGGGCUCUGCCUCCGGGUUACAGCCUUUCUCCAGGGGAAGAAGGAAGGGGUGGUUGACAAACGGGUCCAAUCGAGUCAGAAUCCCCAGGCCUUCCAGCAUGAAAUCCACAAGCGAUUAACAUUUUUUAGCUCACUUUCUGCAAAGAGCUAGCAGUUUUAGGCCUGCCUUCGCCUUGUUAGCCAAGGGGAGGGCUUCAGGGUGUGGUAUUCCUGCCUGCUCUCCUUCAUUGAGAGCAAGAGAAGGGGUUCCCAAGUCGGCCCAGCUUCCUUCUCUUGCCCUGAGUGCAAGAAACAGGGGGCUUCCCAGUUGUUUUGGCCAUUAAGGUCUUGGAGACAAAUGGCAAAAUCAAGUUGCCCAUAAGCGGUUUUCUUCAAAAGGACAAUCCCAGCAAAUGAUCACUGUUUUCGUUCUUGAAAUAAUUGAAUUCCAGAGCAUGAAGGAGCUGUGGCAAUGGUGGCUUUUCGUUACGAGUAUAACUAAGAAUAUUUCCCCAAGAUGUUCUUGGAGCACUAAAAAAUAAGAAAUGGUAGCAAUGGUGGAUCUAUAAACCAGCCCUGGCCUUGGCCGGUCAGUCGCUUCUGGCUGACACCAGGGCAGCUUUCUAUGGUCAUAUGGAAGUGGAGGGUACCCUCCCCAAUGGUGCUGGGUCACCCUUGUGCUUCUGGGACAGCAUCAA